AGGCCCCGGGCUCGCUCCGUGCGGACCCCGCUCCAGAACCCGCCCAGCGCGCAGAUGCCGUGUCCCGGGGCAAGGCCAGGGAGGGCGCAACUCUAGACGCGGGGCCGCCGCCGGGCCUACCCUUCCCGGCUCCCGAAAGGCCCCGGGCUCAGAGCCAAGACUGCGCUUGCCCGAGGCCCGUCGGGCCCGCCCUCCCCCGGCGCCUCCCGCGCAGCUGCCCGCCGCCCGACCGGAAGCCCGCGCCCGCGCCUGCGCCCCACCCCGUCCUCGCGCCUCGCGCGGCACUGCGGCGGUUACCAGGACGCUGACCCAGCGCAGCCAAUAGCGCCAGCCUGGCGGCGUGCUCCCGGCAGCCAGCCAAUGAGACGGCAAAUCAAUCAUUUGAAACACCCAAUGGACGGAGCACUGCAGCGCCGGGGGGGGAUUGUGAUAGGGAGAUAGGAGGCUGCGGCUGACCAAUAAAGACCAAACUGGCUUAAAAAGGCGGACCUUAGGCGGCUUGAUUGACGGGGGCAAGGCCAAUGAAACCAGGUUGCUUGCCAGCCUCGUUCUGGCAGCCCAAUCCGAGGCUGGCGGAGGCGGGCACGGAGGGUAUAUAAGCGUUGGCGGAGCGUCGGUUGUAGCACUCUGCGCGCCCGCUCGUCUGUUGCUGUUUGCGCGUUUCCGCUUGCUUCCCCGCCGCCGCCGCCAUCAUGAGGGAAAUCGUGCACCUGCAGGCCGGGCAGUGCGGCAACCAAAUCGGCGCCAAGUUUUGGGAGGUGAUCAGCGAUGAGCACGGCAUCGACCCCACGGGCACCUACCACGGGGACAGCGACCUGCAGCUGGAGCGCAUCAACGUGUACUACAACGAGGCCACCGGCGGCAAGUACGUGCCCCGCGCCGUGCUCGUGGAUCUGGAGCCCGGCACCAUGGACUCCGUGCGCUCGGGGCCCUUCGGGCAGAUCUUCCGGCCGGACAACUUCGUCUUUGGUCAGAGUGGUGCUGGGAACAACUGGGCCAAGGGGCACUACACAGAAGGCGCGGAGCUGGUGGACUCGGUGCUGGAUGUUGUGAGGAAGGAGGCUGAGAGCUGUGACUGCCUGCAGGGUUUCCAGCUGACCCACUCCCUGGGUGGGGGGACUGGGUCUGGGAUGGGUACCCUCCUCAUCAGCAAGAUCCGAGAGGAGUACCCAGACAGGAUCAUGAACACGUUCAGUGUGGUGCCUUCGCCCAAGGUGUCAGACACAGUGGUGGAGCCCUACAACGCCACUCUCUCAGUCCACCAACUCGUAGAAAACACAGACGAGACCUACUGCAUUGAUAACGAAGCUCUCUACGACAUUUGCUUCAGAACCCUAAAGCUGACCACGCCCACCUAUGGUGAUCUGAACCACCUGGUGUCUGCUACCAUGAGUGGGGUCACCACCUGCCUGCGCUUCCCAGGCCAGCUCAAUGCUGACCUACGGAAGCUGGCUGUGAACAUGGUCCCAUUCCCCCGCCUGCACUUCUUCAUGCCCGGCUUUGCCCCACUGACCAGCCGGGGCAGCCAGCAGUACCGAGCGCUGACCGUGCCCGAGCUCACCCAGCAGAUGUUUGAUGCCAAGAACAUGAUGGCUGCUUGCGACCCCCGCCAUGGCCGCUACCUGACGGUUGCCGCCGUGUUCAGGGGCCGCAUGUCCAUGAAGGAGGUGGACGAGCAAAUGCUUAAUGUCCAAAACAAAAACAGCAGCUAUUUUGUUGAGUGGAUCCCCAACAAUGUGAAAACGGCUGUCUGUGACAUCCCGCCUCGGGGGCUAAAAAUGUCCGCCACCUUCAUCGGCAACAGCACGGCCAUCCAGGAGCUGUUCAAGCGCAUCUCCGAGCAGUUCACGGCCAUGUUCCGGCGCAAGGCCUUCCUGCACUGGUACACGGGCGAGGGCAUGGACGAGAUGGAGUUCACCGAGGCCGAGAGCAACAUGAAUGACCUGGUGUCCGAGUACCAGCAGUACCAGGAUGCCACAGCCGAGGAGGAGGGCGAGUUCGAGGAGGAGGCUGAGGAGGAGGUGGCUUAAAGCUUUCAGUCACUGGGGAAAGCAGGGAAGCAGUGUGAACUCUUUAUUCACUCUCAGCCUCUCCUGUGGCCUGUCCCGCUGUGUGCACUUGCUGUUUUCCCUGUCCACAUCCAUGCUGUACAGACACCACCAUUAAAGCAUUUUCAUAGUG